AUGGGAGAGCCUGGGGAGAUCCACUAUCCCAAGGCAGUUGACCCUUUCUUUCGUCGAACGAAUGAAAGUGUCUGCACACGUUGCGAUGUAUCCAGCUGCUUGCCAAUGGGGGACGCAAAAUGUGACUACUACAGAGAAGUGGAUGCAAUAUUACAAGAAGAAAACCAGAAUACGACGGAUGACAAUCCCGCUUUGAGAACAAAAGUUGACGAAUUGCUGUUUGAUCUCACUUCACAAGAAUCUGUCAGCACCAGUGAAUGUGUUCCGUACAUAUCGAGCUACUCUAACUGUAACAAAGUUAAAAGGGACUCUUAUAUCAGAAAAAAACGUUCAGCAUACAGUACUGUCAUGUCCGAUAUUAAUAUAAAUGAAGACAAGCUCACAUCAGAGGAAAUAACCUUUCUAAUUAAUGCAGUCAAUGAUUCGUCAGGCUCUAACGAUGACAAAAAUGACACACAUAUAUUGGAUAAGGUGACAGAAAGCACUGGAAAACAGGGUACUAGCACUACUGAGAAAAAUGAAUCACAAAACGACUUUGACUUGGAUUUCGACGAUUUAUUUUUUACAAAUAAUAGCAUUAGUAAUGGAAAAUACCCUAAACUGAAUUUACCAAUGUUAAAAAAUCAUACUGAGGAUAUACUAGAUCCAGAUUAUAUGGAUAUGCCGGAGGACAGGAAAAGUAAUGAUACAACGAAAACAGAUGAGGAAACUUUCAGAAAAGAAGCAGAUAUUUUAGUAGAAACAUCUGAAAAUUCAAAAAAUGCUAAAACGAAAUUGUUUUUUUAUACAAAUCUGAACAAAAAAGAAGUUAAUUUAGAAAUAAACACAAAAGAAAGCGUUCCUGGCAUCGGUGAUGCAAAUGAUAUAGACGAAACUAGAUCUGUGCGUGUAUUAAAAAGAGAAAUUGUGAAAGAACCUAUAACUAUACAAAUGGAUGCAUUAGUGAAUAACUCCAAAAAUGGAAAAUUACUCCUAGACUUCAAAGAGAAUGUAUUCGAUCCAUUGACAUUCAUUAUUAAGAGUAAACAACAUGAAAUUAGAGAACUGAAGCACAUGAGAAACAAUUUAGUGAACUACUUUACGUUUUCGAAGAAGGAUACAUUUUCAAAUUUAAACCAUAGCAUAUUGGAAAAUGAAACGAAAUCUUAUCUUACUCUGUACAAAUUAAAACUUUUACCAUAUUUGCAAAAUGACAUAGUUGAGAUUAAGAACAGUUCUAUCAUUUUAGACCAUUAUGUAUCUAAACUUAAAAAUGAUAUUUAUGAAGUAAUUAAAGAUAUAGUGGGAAUACAACAAAACGUUAAUUAUAAAGAACUACCUGAAGACUUAAAUGUUUUAAUAAAAGCAAUGAAAUAUUAUGUCCACUAUCAAGGAAAAUUACAUAUUGGAGAGAAGAUAAAGAAAAUUAAAGAAAGAAAUGAAAUUAACUACGGAAAAUCAUUUUCAAUUAAUACUAAUAAAAAUAAUCUAAAAACACCAACCAGUAGAGUACAGCAAAUACUUUAUAAUAUAGAUAAAGACAUGCCUGAGUCUAACGCAUUAAAUACACUGGCUUAUUAUGCGAAAAAAAUUAUAAGGCGUAUUAUCAAGAAAAACUAUCAAGGCAAAUUUAUUUAUACCGGUCGUAGGGAUUUCGUCUCUCAAAACAAUAUAACAAACAAUUUAGAAAAUAUUGGCAUUAAAUGGUAUAAUUUAACAAGAGCUGUUGCUUCUAGCCCCAUGUCUGAUCGCUUGUACAAUUUAAAAUUAUUGCACCUCGAAUUGUUAAAAGAUAUUCACAAACUAGAUGAUACUUUAGCUAUAGUAGACUUGGCUCAAAGCAGACGGAUAAUUAUUGACAAACUUAUGAGUGAAAAAUUAACAUCUAGGAUCAAAGAAGACAUAGAAAUUAUUACCAAUAAAGUUCAACAAAUCAUAAAAUCACAAAACAAGAAAAUACAUCGACAUUCAAAAACAAUUAACAAUGCUAAAACUGAGACAAAAAACAAAAUGGGUUCUUUCUUGCAGCAAGUGAAAAAUAUAUUCAAAAAAUCUAAAAUAGAUAUAAAAAAUAUUUUCAAAAAGAAAAAAAUUUCAAAACUACACGUUGAUAAUCCAACGCCAAAGGACCUGUCACAAUAUAACAAGAAAGAGAUAAAUUGGCAAAAUAAUGUAAACACAAAUUCUAUUAGAAAGAAGAGAUCAACACUUGAAGUUAAUAAUGUACUAAAACGGAUAAAAAAUAUAUUACCAAAUUAUUUAAGGAAAAAGUUUAGGAACGUAAAAAAUUCUAGAAAAAGUGUUAAAUCAAGUAUUAAAUCCAGGGAUUUGAACAGAUAA